AUGCGCUACAUAGGAUAUUUUCACGUGUGGCUUGCACUGUUACUUGGACUUUACAGUGGCCGAGUCUUUUCAAUCACGAUAAAAUGGACACCAACUCCACCCCCUGGAGAGGAACGCAUUACGGGUGCUAAAUGGACUGGGUUUAGCGGUGUUGCUGACGGUUAUUUGAUAACCACAUACACUGCACCAUCGGGACCCUUCCCAAAUCUGUACACUGUACUGCCGGGACAAUAUGAAAUCACAUCCAUUCAAAUGGUUCUGCAACACCGGGAUCCUAACGUUAAAAUUGGAUUCAAUCAAUCUUUCGAUAUCCUGACCUAUGAGGGGUUUUUCAAUCCAUGCAAGAGUGUUCUACCGACGGGAUGGAAAGUGUGCAAGAAAGGUGUGGUAUUUACCACACCCGGUGAAACAAUCACGGUAAAAUGUGAAGCAGACGCCGCCCGGGCUCAGUACGUGAUGGCAACACGUAGAGCUAUCUUUGAUGGAGUGACAGCGUUGGAAUACGAUCCUUCAUGGGUGGAACUCAAGGCCAAUGACUCAUUGGGCGAUGUGGUUCUAUGCUGGGAUCAUGGGCAAGUGAUCUCAUUGGCUGUAACUCGAGGCCAAGGACGUAUAUUUGUUAUGCAAGGAGAACAAUGGGCCGACCUCUCUGAGACUCCUUCCCGUCAACGUCUAAAGGAAAACUUACAAAAGUGGUUCGGAAAUGGGGCCAAACCAGACAUAAUUGACGAAGCGAAUCUCAACGAAUUACCCGCCGGAAAAAUUAUACUUUUGAAACGCAAAACUGUAUUCGACUUGGAGAAGGUCAAACAGGCUGUUCUAAGUGGAACAAAUGGGCUUAUUAUAGCCUAUACCGGAACUACUCGCAAAGAUAAAGGCAACACACUGAAGCUCUUUUACGAACUGGGAAUUGGAAUUCAGAAGACCGGGAAGAGGUACUUUAUAAGCACGGUUGAUCCAAGUAGUGGAAUCACCUCCGACCGAUACAUACCGGCGUCGGUUGACAUGGAUCGCAGAAUUAAAAGCUGGUCAUAUUUCUGUUCCAAAGGCCCAAGCGUUGAUUACACAGCCCUUAAAACUCAGCAUAUGGCAGACCUAAUUGCCCCAGGUUUUCAAGAAAAACUUAGAGAAAUGCUCGACAAAUACGCGAAAUACUUCGAGGAUAGGGCUCCGUGUGAACAUUUUCCAUUCAAGUGGGACUCCAGAAACCAAAAGUGUUGGAUUAACUACAAUCUGUGGGCCAUGGCUCAGAUGACAGAAAAUCCGAUUGCCUUGUUCGGCACGGAAGAAUUCCCCGGUCGAGUUUCUGACGAUGCGAAGCCGGUUACGCAUCGUGUUAAGGCCAGUCCUCCAAUCGCUGGUGCCUUUAAUCCUCUUGGGGUGUACGUCGCACCUGGAAAAGUAUUCUCAUGGAAAGUCAUAGAACAUAGCAGUGAUAUAGGCGACUAUGGAUUCACUUUCGGUUGUCAUGCAGACAAUCUCAACAACAUACCUCUGUGGCAACGCUGGCCGAGAUUCAUGCACACAUUAGAAAUGCGUUUGGAGGGCAGAUAUGCCAGUCCAGUAGGAGGUGUACUUUUCCUAUUCACGAAGAAAAACGCCAUUAGUAUCACCUUGGAAUUGAGUGGUGUAUAUCAUUACCCGCUGAUUGAUUUACAUGACAAAAAAUCGGUCGAAAAUUGGGAUAAAGAAAGGCAAUUGUACGCAGGGGUUCCCUGGAUGGCAACUAUUGGUGACGUUAUGCAUACGUGCUUGCCAACUAAAGAAGUCGUGAAACUGACAAAAGAUGACAUCGUUUGGAGCCUCACAUAUUUGGAUAACGCGGUCAAAAUGGUACACAAUUUCCGAGGAUCCGAUUGGAACACGAGUGAAGUCCAGGUGUUUGCCACGGACGUUCAACUCGAGGGUGGUGAGGCACAUGCGGGCACUCCGAUUAUGGCCAAAUUGUAUUGGCAUCUCGAGGUCACCGAUGUGAAAAAUAUUCGAGCGAACAGUGCGACGGGGAUCACGCAUGAAUUGGGGCACAAUAUGCAAAAUCAUCCGGCCACAUUUAAGGACGGAAUUGAAGUGACUAAUAAUGUGAACAAUUUCCCAAUUCGUGUGCAUUUGAUCAACAAGACGUCCUAUGAAUACGGGACGAAAUGGGGUUUUUAUCCCGGUGAAAUGGAUAGAACAAUACAAGUAUGGAACGGAAACAAGUAUGUGGGAGUAAACCUCGGUUAUUAUAACUGGUUGGGAAUACUGUUCGGUGAGGGAUUAUUGACUAAUCUGUGGCAUGAUGCAUGGGCUAAUAGAGGCAUGUUGAAAACCGAAGAGAGCAAGGUCAACUUCUGGCUAAGCAAGAUGUGUCAGGAGACCCAGCACAAUAUCAUCCCGUGGCAAGAGCUAUGGAAGUUCCCGAUUAAAGAAACUACCCGCAUAAUUUGCUCCAACUACCCUUGCUUCUUCCCCGAUGAUCAAGUAACACAAAAGGCACCG